GCCUCAAUUACGCCCACAAUCAUAUCCCCCCCACCUUUUUAUCCCCUCUGUGAGCCAUGUUGAUGGUCGUUGUUCCGAGGUCAUGCUACCAAAUAUCUCAACCACCCUUGAAGCCCCAGGUUCUCGUGUUUCGUCCCAGCCAGUCCUGGCCACACCUUCCGACCACCACCACCGUCCAUCGCCCUCCCCAUCCCGCAAGCCCAAUUCUCUCGCAACCGCCCAAAAUCCGACAAUCUUCACCACACGACGAGGCAUGUCCAGGCGCACAGGAUCCCAACUCGAACGCAAGCGCAUGCAGGACCGGGAGUCACAGCGCAAUGUCCGCGAACGCACCAGGAAACAUAUUGCCAGCCUGGAACAGAGGCUUGCGGAACUGGAGUCAGCCACUUGUGUCGCCGACCUCCUCAAGAAGAAUGAGGAACUGAAAGAGAAGGUGGAGGUGCUGGAGGCAACACUUCAAACAAUAGUCAAGAUCGCAGCAAGGCCGUCGCAUACAGGUGAUGCAUUUUCGGUUGAAACGGAGGCUCAUGCGCUGCUGGCCUGCAACGGUCAGCCACGAGAGCAGCGGGUGGACAAUAAUCCAGCUUCAGGAGACCGCAGACAUCCAUCCCCACAUGGGCCUCCAUCGCCGCGUGGUGAGCUUGCAGAAAAGGACACAAAUGCUCAACGAAGCUCCAAUCUGGAAGCUACUGGUGGACGUGCGGACGGGGAGAAAUUCGAUAGACGGAACGAAAAUCUCCUCGCCCCAGGCAGCGUGGACAGUGGCGAGACUGAAGACAUCAUGGUCGACUUCAACGAGGACUUCAUCCAGCCAUUGGAUCUAGUUCCUUUGGCACAGUCUUCUGCCUUGCUUUCCUCGUUGCAUUAUCCGGGGUUUGAAUCUUUGACCAGUGCUGAUGCCAUGUCGGCAUCGAGGCCGUUCAUUACGGAUGAACCGGAAUGUUUGGCGCCAUUUUCGUCUCUCGAGAACCAGGUUCUGCUGGAACAAGGGCACGACAGCUCAGGACAAGCGAAUACCGACGAACUUCCUGUCUUGAACACCUUUUAUCUUUCCCCGGGGCCCUUCUGGCAAAGCAUACCGCAUGAGCCUCAGCGACAGUUUCCUGCGCCCCAAAAUUGCCCGCCGAGCAAUAUCUGGGAUGUCAAGCUGAUGAAAUGUAUCAAUGAACAUCGGACCCAUGUGGGAGACACGUCCAUGUGUAUACCGAAAGAUCCAGAGUUGCGUCUCUUGCUCAACCCCAACGCCAGUCAUUCAACGGCGGAUUCACUUACUCGCUUUCUACAUGCUCCAAUCAGCCAAUGGAAUUUCAAGUUGCCGGAGAAAUUGGCCAUCUUUUGGCUGAAUUACAUUCAUUUGAGGUAUCGCAUUUUCCCGACGGAGGAGAAUUUGGACGAGUUACCCGUCUGGCUUCAUCCAUGUCCUUCGCAGUGUCGAGUAAGCCAUCCGAUCUACAUAGACGCACUUCCCUGGCCUGUGCUGCGCGAAAAGCUCACGUUCGAGCAUCGCUUGUAUCCCUUCAAUAUGUUCAGUCCUGUUUUCUGCAGCAGCCUGAACGUCAAUUGGCCUUACGAUCAUGCCAUGACGUACGUCCGGGAAGCCUCAGGUACGUUGCGCCUGAGCCGUGCGUUCAAGACGCAUUUGAGGAAGCUCGAAAACUGGUCUCUGAGGCCUACUUUUGCAUCGUCGUAUCCGGAAUUGAGUCUGUCGGUAAUUAUGAAAUGACGUACACCGUCGAGGUAUUCCCUCAUACGAGACAAGCCGGGCUCGGAAACAAGCAAUGUUAUAGCCGUGUUCCAAGCAGUGUUCCAAACCAUCCGCGAGGGCCACUACGUCUACAUGUAUGAUUGAUUCCAUACACCACCUACGGGGUGCUUCAACCUCUUGCGUUGUCAUCAUGAGUUUCAGUUGCUUCGUGGACUUGCCUUGCUCUGCUGCGUCACAACAUUCGACAAUCCCAGUGCGGUGGAUGUUUUGGGGAGGAUGCUGCAGAUGAUGCACAGGAGCCGG